AUUGCGCUGAGGGGAAAUUCAAGCAGUACUUGCUGGUUGUCAGGUCGCGUGCAAAGAUGCAUCAUUCAGCACGUCUCUGUUUGUUUUCUCUUUUAUGUGUAUUAUCUGGAACAUACGGUGGUAAAGUGCUGGUAUUUCCACUAGAUGGAAGUCACUGGGUGAACAUGAAGGUCCUUAUUGAGGAACUGCAUAGGAAAGGUCACAAUGUGACUGUGGUAAGACCUUCCAACAGUUGGUAUAUCAAAGAGGAGUCUCCUUUCUACAGUUCCAUCACAAUUCCAAACACAGGAGGAUUUGAUGAGGAGUUUAGUGGUUUAUUGAUCAACCGUCUCUUGGAAAUUAAAAGAGGAGGGUAUUUUGUUUUGAACCGUGUUCGUCUGGAGUUUGAAAUCAUGAUGAAGUUUAAAACCAUGCAUGAAGAUAUGUUGCAGAUGAUGGACAGAAUGUUAGAAGACGAAAAAGUUAUGAACUCCAUCCAAGAUGCUAAAUUUGAUGUGGUGCUAGCAGACCCCGCUGUAGGAGGUGGUCCAAUCCUAGCUUAUAAGUUUAAUAUUCCUUUAGUUUUUAAUGUUCGGUGGACAAUUCAGGGAGAAGGACAUUUCGCUAUUGCCCCUUCUCCUCUGUCUUAUAUCCCUGUUCCAGGAGUAGAGCUUACAGACAAGAUGUCCUUCCUUCAACGUGUCAAGAACGUUUUGAUAUACUUAAUCAGCCAGAUCCAGAUGCAAAUCAUGGUUGAACCCAUCUAUGCGCCUUUCUGUCACAAACAUUUUGGCCCCAAUGUUACAUAUUUCUCACUUUUCCAGGAUGCAGAUAUUUGGCUCAUGAGGAAUGACUUUACCUUUGAGUUUCCACGACCUACAAUGCCCAAUAUUGUCUAUAUGAGUGGUUUCCAGUGUAAACCUGCCAAGCCGCUUCCAAAUGAUCUUGAAAAGUUUGUGGAAAGCUCGGGAGAGCAUGGAGUCAUUGUCAUGUCUUUAGGCACUCUCAUUGCUCAGCUUCCACAAGAUAUGACUGAUGACAUAGCAGCGGCUUUUGCGGAGCUUCCUCAAAAAGUGAUCUGGAGGUAUACAGGACCACGACCUGUGACUCUUGGUAACAACACCUUACUUGUAGAAUGGCUCCCUCAGAAUGACCUGCUCGGACAUCCCCAGAUUAAAGUAUUUGUGGCACAUGGAGGAACCAACGGAAUUCAGGAAGCCAUCUACCAUGGAGUGCCCAUCUUGGGUCUACCUUUAGUUUUCGAUCAGCCUGAUAAUCUCUUCAGAAUGGAAGCAAAAGGGACAGCAAAGAUUGUAGACAUUGCAACUUUGGACAAGACUGUGUUUCUGGAAGCAUUAAAGGAGGUUUUGUAUAAUCCGUCUUACAGAGAGAACAUGCAGAGACUGUCCAAGCUGCACCACGACCAGCCAUUGAAACCUCUUGAUCGUGCCAUGUUCUGGAUCGAGUUUGUCAUGAGGAACAAAGGAGCUCCUCAUUUACGGACACAGUCUUUCAGAAUGUCCUGGAUUGAGUACCACUCUAUAGAUGUUAUUCUGACAUUAAUGGUGACGGGUUUUGUAUUUGCAUUGAUGAUUGGUUAUACAAUUAAAUAUUUUUGCCUUUGUGUAUUUAGAAAGAAAGUAAAGCGUGAGUGACAUAUUGGCUUAA